AUGCAUUCACGUGUUGCUGCUGUGAAGGCACCCCGCACACACAACCGUCGCCGCGUGACCGGAUCCAGCGGAAGGAGGGGGGAAGGAGGAGAGAGUGAGCCGCCGAGGCCCAACAUGUCCCGGCGUGUGUUUACCUCCGCGGUGCUGCUCCUACUUUUCGUGUUGAUGUGCGGCGCCGCGGGGCCUGUGCAGGCCCAAAGCUUUGGAGCGGGAGUGGACGAUUCCUAUGGAAGACAAGGUUCGAGGCAGUUGCCAAGGGAGCAUCAGGCCGCAAACCCACCGAUCCCUGGCCACAUUUUCCGCAAUCCCCAUCUUGUGAAUGUGAACGGGAUGCUGCUGGCCAUUGCUGGAGCUCAGUUCAAUAGAACUGUGGGGAGCGGGAGUGCGUCCAUGCAGUUGACGGCGCAGCUUAGCGUGAAUCGUGGGGUGAAUUGGAGUCCGUACCCGAGACCUGGAGAUAUUGAUUGUUUUGCUGCACACCCUUACUGGAUGUCGUUUCCCUCGUCUUUUGGACCCUUCGGAUCGCUUUUUGCAUUUGUGGAGGGUUACGACUUACGGAAGGGAGUCAGACCUCAUUAUGCCAAUAGGUGGGGAGGAAGUGGUGUGGAGCCUGUUAUCCAUUUUCUGGACACAAGGCCUGGACAAAGCGGAGGUUUGUCGAUGAGUUCCGUCUCUAUGAGCAUUCUCCUUCCUUAUCCCCAUAAAUCCGGUGACAUGAUUGGCUUCCUCAACGAUGCCAGUACUCCCAUCACGAAAAUGACGGAUGGCACGCUCGUGUUUCCCGUGCAGUUUCUGACAAUGGGAGGGGACACUGCGUCCACAAUCAUGUACAUGAAUUUCACUCAACAGCACUGGACCUUUGCGAAAAGCGCGACACAUGCGGGCUGCACCAACCCCAGUAUCCUUGAAUGGGAGGAUGGGAAAAUCAUCAUGAUCACCUCAUGUGAGUACGGUCGCCGAAGGGUGUACGAGUCGACUGACAAGGGGAACACGUGGACGGAGGCUCUGGGGACGCUCUCGCGCGUGUGGAGCAACCCAUUGGCACGUUCUGGGCUCCACAUUCAGGGUGGAUUCAUCACUGCAACCAUUGAUGGGAAGAAGGUGAUCCUCCUCACCCAGCUGGAAUAUUUCGGGGACAAAGAAAGGAGCGAGAUUCACCUGUGGCUAACGGACACGAACCGCAUUUACCACGUUGGCCUGUUACCCACUGGGUAUGGCGCGACCUCCAGCUCUCUGUUGUACGCGAAUGAUAAGCUGUAUUGUUUGUACGAGGCCGGUGUUGGAAGCAGCUCCGGAGCCUUCUUCCUGGAUCUGACGCAUGAGCUGCAGAGGAUAAGGCAUGCGCUGUCUACCUGGGCCGUGAAGGACAAUGCCUUGAGACGAUGCAGCACAGGCGCUGCGGACGCCGCGCUGUCAAGAUGGGACUGUUCUGUUCCUAUCCCCACGGCUGGGCUUGUGGGCCAUUUGGCCGAUACGCUCCGUGGGGACAAGUGGGAGGACGAGUACCUUGGGGUGAAUGCCGUUGUGAGGGGUGCGACGAAAAAGGUUCCCAGUGGGUUGACGUUCGAAGGGCGUAGCGCGGGGGCCGAGUGGCCUGUGUGCAAGCAGUGGCCGAAAAUGCCGUUUCACUUUGCAAACUAUGGGUUUACUCUUGCGGCAACGGUGUCGAUUCAAGAGGUGCCGACGGGCAUCACU